UCUAAAGCAUGUGUAAUUGCAGAGCUUGUGAUGAAUGGACAAUGGAUGGCAAAAGAAGUUAUGUAACAGAGAUGGAUCCAAAACAAUUCAAGAUGCACCAAGAGAUGAAAAGCAUUGCUGAUGUAGUAAAAAGCCUGAAUGAAAGAGUGGAUGAAACAAACAUCUUUAACAUAUGCGUUACAAGGGAUCAAAUAGUAGAAAGGGGCAUGAAACAAUGGCAGCGUCAGAAGAAAUCUUCUCCCCUUCACCCCCUCAGAGUUUCUUUCAUUGGAGAGAAUGGCAUUGAUAGUGGAGCUCUGAGGAAGGAAUUUUUAACUGAAAUGAUGGCAGGAAUAGAGGAGCGCUUCUUUGAAGGGGGACAGUGUGGCAAAAACCCCAAAUAUUCAAUGAGUGACAUGGAUAAAAACAACUUCAAGACGAUUGGAGAGGUAUUUGCAGUCAGUAUCACACAGGGUGGACCACCACCAAAUUUCUUGAUGCAGUGGUGCUACAACUACAUGUCUAUUGGAGAAGUAGAUCAGGAAGGAAUAACUGAAAAGGAUGUCACUGAUCCUGAACUUCAGGAACUCAUCAAAGAGAUUCAAGCAGCAGAUCAAACAACACUAAAGACCUACACUAGCAGAAUUUUGUCAUGUGGAUACACAGGACCAGUAACCAUCCAAAGAAAGGAAGACAUCAUGUGCUCAGUAAUCCUACAUGCCACAGUGAGGUUGCUGCCUAUGCUUCAGCAGAUCUGCUCGGGUAUGAAACUAUAUGGUCUCCUAAACCUGGUCCAGCAAGAAAGUGAAAUUUGCAGGCAGCUGUUUGUUCCAGGAUCUUUUGGCAAGGUGGAUGCUGACUUUCUUGUAAAGUCACUGUCACCUGUAUUCAGCGAGAACGGGACAAUGAGGCGUCAGAGAGAGUCGAGAAUCAUUGAUUUUCUUCAGGACUUUGUACAGGACAUGGAAGAUGAAGAAGAGGAAACAAAUGACAGAGACAAGAAUCCUGAAGAGAAGAAUGAUGAUCCAGAGAGAGCAGAGCAUGCCCACAGCAUGCAAAUUAAUGUUGGCAAGUUCUGCCAGUGGCUGACUGGACAGCGUCAUAUCCCACUAAGUCACACAGAACGGGACAAUUUUAAAAUAAUAAUGGAAUUUGACCAUGACUGCCAGGUGCGUUACGGCACACAUAGCAUCUGCUACCCUACAGUCAACGCUUGUUCCUGCUCAAUCAAUUUCCCAGUUGCACACUUAAAUACAUACACAGAAUUCAGAGCUGUGAUUACACAGGCAAUUGUCCACGGCAAUGAAUUUGGGCUUCAUUAAGAGGGAAAUCCUCCAGCAUAUUACCACAGUUCAGGUUUUAGGCUGACCACUUGACUGGUCCACCAAAGAAGCUAAGAAGUGUUAAAAAAAUGUUGAGUACAAGUUUGUUAUACUGUAAUUUUUUAUAGUGGUGAGUGCUUCUAUACAUUGUCAAUGCUACUUUUUCUGCUACUUUGAAAAUAUACAUUGUUGUAAACAUGUUAAGGAUGGUUUUAUUUUUUCCACUGAAGUGUGGGUACUAAAUAAAGAGUAAAAAAUUAAAGGUUUUCACAUGACUUUAUUCUAUUCUAGUCAUUUAGCAGAU